CUAACUCAAGUCCACAUAAAAAACCGAUUUCGGUUCCCCGAGGUUCGUCACCGUUCUCCCUGUUUAAGUAGGUAUUCGGCUACACGUAUAAUGGUCACAGCAUCCGUCAAAUGAUGACACGUCUGUAUUUUCCGUUUGAUUGACUUCACUAGGCUCUGUGGUACCGGGGCUGGGUGGGUGAUCGUGCACAGAGCACACUUCGCCGGGCAGUUUACAGUCGCACUUUUUAAUUUAUCAAAUAUACGAUAUUAUCAUUUACUGCGAGGCCGGCCCCAACAUAAUUUACCCGUCUCCAACCGAACUAUGUGAAGGUCAGUAAGAUGCAAAUAGCAUGUCAUGUCCACCGUGCAAUACUUUCUCUCAGUUCCCACACUGGGUCGAAAGUGCAGGGCCUUCUGCAGUGGACACUGUCUACUAUCCAGCAAGGCACAGAAACUGCAUCGUCAUCACACCAUGCACCCGACACCGUCACGUGAGAAUGGUUCGAACCGACUCCUGUCGAGCCUUCCCAUGACAAGGCAAGUCUGAGCUGGAGGUCAGCCGAUACGGACCGAAGAGCAGUCAGCUAUCACACUAUCUCACUAUCAGUAUCGGCGCGGCGCGGCGAGCGUAUAUCAGCGGACGGCAGGUACCCCUCACUGCCCGCCGACCGCAGACCCAGAGUGACGCCGCUCCCGCGCGCAACCGGAGACAGGAGCCAAGCGAGCGUCCAAUCUUCUCAGACGCGGAGACCCGUGUGAGCGUUACGAUCGUGUCCCCACCGGUCCGAGGCAGCAUGACUCCCUCCGUACAGCUCAGCAACGGCAUGCAGAUGCCGCUGCUCGGUCUCGGUUGCUGGCAGGCCGAUGACGGAAAGGACGUGGCCGUGGCCGUGGAGGCCGCCCUGCUGGCCGGAUAUAGGCACAUCGACACCGCCUACUUCUACGCCAACGAGGCCGACGUCGGCAGGGGCAUCAAGGCCGCCAUCGCCACCGGCAAGGUCAAGAGAAGCGACAUCUUCGUCACCACCAAGCUGCCGCCGAUCGGGAUGCGGCCCGAGAGAGUGGAAAAGUAUCUGAGGAAGUCGCUGAAGGCGCUGGACUUGGACUAUAUCGACCUCUACCUGGUGCACCACCCGGUGGGCUUUGAGGAGGUGGACGAAAACGACAACAUGCCACUAGAGAAUCCCGGCACCGACAAGGAAAAGGUGAAAUUCGACUUUUCAACCGACCUCAUCGCCAUCUGGAAGAAGAUGGAGAACAUGGUGGAACUCGGUCUGGCCAAGACGAUCGGCAUCUCCAACUUCAACCCGAGGCAGAUGAGGAAGAUCACGGCCAUCGCCAAGAUUCCUCCGACGGUUAACCAGGUUGAGUGUCACGUCUACUUUCAGCAGAAGGAGCUUCGUGAGGCCUGCAAGCAGCACAACAUCGCCGUCACCGCCUACGGCCCGCUCGGAUCUCCCGGGCGGAAGCUCUUCUACGAGAAACAGGGCAAGACGAUCGAGCUGCCGGACCUCCUGCGGAACCCGGUGGUACGUCUGGUGUCCGACAAACACGAACGGUCGGCGGCCCAGGUGCUGCUCCGGUUCAUCACGCAGGAGGGCAUCAUUGUCAUCCCCAAGUCCACAAACGAGAGUCGCAUCAAGCAGAACGGCGACAUCUUCAGCUUCGAGCUGGACGAAGUAGAUAGGCAGGCGCUUCGUUCGCUUGAUCAGGGAGUGGCAGGUACCAUUUUUAAAUUCGCCGAGAUUUUUCCCGGGUACGAGGAGCACCCCGAGUGUUUCUUCUGAACUGGCUGGUGCUGGCUAUGGUUUUACCAUUCUGUGUCGGUGUGCUGGCUAUUAAAGUAGCUUUGUAAUUGGAAAUGCACCGUGUCUAGAUGUCUGUCUGUGCAUUUUUGGUUAGGCAGGCAUUUCCGUGUGCGUGACUUUAAACGGGAAUGUUGUUUAGUGUGCGAUAUAUGUGUUUGAGAAUUGUUCAAUAAGAUCAGAAUGUUUUAUCAAAUACAAUGGUUUCAAUUUG